AUGUCGCGUGGCCGUUGGUGCCAAUGGAUUGAGGGUGGGUGGAGGUUAUUGCUUCCGCUCGACAACCACUCUCCGCGCGGAGCAUGUUGGGCCUCAGAGGUGGAUCAAGGCGCUGUGCUGGUCGAGCUUUGGCGAUGCAAAUCCGUGUCGCGGACUGGGUCGGACUUCCAUGAAGGUGCAGGUGAUAUCGGGGGAGUAGAGCUCGCGGCGGGAUCGACUAAGGCGAUUGGUAGGUUGUUGCACAGCGACCAGCCACACGACGAGCUACUGGCACUGCUUCUUUUUCAUGGAGGGAUGACCACCGUCGACGGUGAAGUCGAGGAUUAUGGCACCGCCACGCCUGGACGUCUGCAAAAUAUUUUCCCCCCGGUUUUGGGUAGUGAGGCCAUGAAAGGCCAGUCUGAUAAGACGAAGGUGGUCGUGCGGCGCUUGCCGCCGACGAUUUCUCAAGCAACGCUGAUGGAGCAAAUCGAUUCCUCAUUUGCUGGUCGCUACAGUUGGGUCGCGUUCCGCACCGGCAAGAGCAGUCAGAAGCAUCAAUCAUAUUCAAGAGCCUACAUUGACUUCAAAACACCAGAAGAUGUGAUUGAGUUUGCUGAGUUCUUUAACGGGCAUAUGUUUGUUAAUGAGAAGGGUAAAUAUGGAGCAUAUUUCUUUAACAGAAUGAUUAGUAGGGGCACUUUGAGUCGGCGAUAGGAGUAGAAUAUCUUUGUUUUCCAAAUUUCUCAAAUGAUUACUGUGGCUGGUGAAUCUCUAGGUGGAUCAUUUUGGAAAGACUGGGAUUUGUGCUUCUCUUCACAUUUUGAUGGAUGUCAACUUUGUAGGAUUUGUAAAAUGACUGUAUUGUACAAUUCCUUUUCAGGAACUCAGUUUAAAGCUGUCGUUGAGUAUGCUCCCUCCCAGCGUGUUCCAAAGCAUUUAUCUAAAAAGGAUGGACGUGAAGGCACAAUAUCAAAGGAUCCCGAGUACCUACAAUUCCUUGAAGCUAUUUUGAAGCCCGUUGAGAACCUUCCUAGUGCAGAAAUUCAACUGGAAAGAAGAGACGCUGAAAGAGCUGGUGCUGCAAAAGAUGCUGUUAUUGUUACACCACUGAUGGAAUUUAUCAGGCAAAAACGAGCUGCGAAGAAUGGUUCACGGAGAAUUUUGGCCAAUGGGAAACCCAGCAGAAGGUCUCUUGCAAGUGGAAGUCCUAGCUCAUCAUCAUCAAAAAGGGGUUCCGACAAGAAGAGGACUUCAACAAUGUAUGUUUUAAGGGAUUCAACGAAAGGUGCAAGUGGAAAAGAUAAAUCUACCUACACACUGGUUUCCAAGCGAGAUGAUCAUCAAUUGUCUGGCAAAGUUGUUACAUCUGCUUCUGGACCUGAAGGCUUGGAAGAUAGAAGUGCAAUUGCUGGAAUGACUGAUGGAGGGAAGAAAAGGAUCCUGCUUCUGAAAGGGAAAGAGAAGGAAAUUUCGUCGGUAUCAGGUGGUCCAAUAUCACAGCAGAAUGCAAUAUCAUCUGAAAAACAUGCUACUAGUUCUGGCAAACAGAAUCACCGUCGUGAACCCAGUGGAAGGAUCGUAAGGAGUAUACUGUUAAAAGAACCUCGUCAAUCUUCUGGUGCACUCUCUGAGCAGCAAAUCCAUUCUUCACAUGUAGAAAGAGACAAGCGUCCUCCUCGUCCUCUUCAAGGCCAGUUAGUUUUGAAGGAUGCUAAUGGGACCCCAGAUGACAGGGUUUCUGGGAACGACACACACUCUUUUCCUAGUGAAAAGCAACAUGAUAAGCGGACAAGAAAUAAGGAUAGACCUGAUCGUGUUGUUUGGACUCCACUUCGCCGGUCCGAUGGAUCAUACGCGAGUGAUGAGUCCUUAGGAUCUCAAUCUACUGUUUCAGGCAUGGAUUUUUCUCAAGGAAGUGCUGGAGAUGUGAAAGUUGACAUGACUUCUAGGAGUGAAGUAAAAGGACUUGGAAGUGAUCGUAACAGUCAUACUUCAUUGGACAAUGGAUCGCAUAAGCAUUUUGGUCGUCGGGCACCCUCUCAUACCCCGAGGGAUUCUGAUGGAUCAUCUGUUGAGGUGAAGCCUUCCUCUAAGAAAGUUGCCGCUGCUGCUUCUAUUCAUGGUUCUCAUGAGAAGCAAGUGUGGGUUCAGAAGUCAAGUUCUGGUUCUUAGUUCCUGGGGCUUGUGGAACAGAAUGGACCAUCUUCUGAAGUUUUUGAAUGAAGCAUGCAAAUCAUAUGCAUGGUUGGAAGGCCGUCUCUUUUUGCCAUAUCGAAUGGAAAUGGAAUGAUGAGGUGUGAAAGGGAAGUUGAGCAACGGAGGUCUGUUUCUACCGGAAAACCUAGAGUUUGAGAAAAAUUGACGUCAAUGAUGCAUGCAAAUAUUGAUGUAUUUACACACGUCGGUUGGUGAGCUUGAAGAAGACGCAUCCCAAUCGUUUAAAGUCAAGGCAGCUCGGACUAGAGGAGAACUAAACAACAGAUAGCAAGGCGAAUGAAAAGGGAAAGCGAACACGUACAGCAUCAUAGAUAAAGAUUACUACUAGAGUUUGCCCAUGGACGAGGCUCUUUUUUCGACUGGCUCUACUCGUUCGAGGAGCUGUAAGCUGUUAUACAACGACUACUAGUAUCCUCACUAUUCUUGCCUACUGACUUGAGAGUAAGUUGGGAAAGAAGUCUUGAGUUUUGUAGGUGGAUUUCCCUUCCCUUGUUGGAAACUGUACAUAUAAGUAGCAGUUUCUCUGGAGAAGAGAAACAGGGUUGUCUUUCUACCGAGUGUGAAAGAUUCAGUAUUUGGUUGGUUGGAGUCGAGUUUGUACGACAUGGCCCUUGAUAUUUUGUAGGGCUAUAUAGCCUCUUCCUCGUACACACAAACAGCCCUUCUGGGUCUUGUUUGAAGAGAAACUAUGUUGUGUCUCGUCUAUCAGUGUUCGCGAUGUGUGAUGUCUCUUUUGGUGCUUGUGUUUGUUUGUACUCUUUUUGUCGCAUUGUUCACCCUAAAAGUUCAGCAAGGAAGAAAAGGUUUGAUUCGAGUUA